AUGUCAUGCACGAACUUUCGCUAUCGAUUCUUACGAUCAGGCUCACUUCUUCGCGUCAUGACCAAUUCACCCUCUUCAUAUGAGAAUUGGACCAGGGAGGAGCUGAUUGCGCGCCUCGCGCAGCUGGACGACUCGCCGAAGCUGAAUACAGCUACUGCAGCGUCUUCCAAAAAGAUACCUGACAAACCAUUCAGUUUCGCGUCAUACUCACGUCGAAAGAUCGCGCUAAAGUUCUGCUAUUCUGGAUGGGAAUAUAAUGGACUAGCACAUCAGCUUGGUCCGACGCCGUUACCGACCGUUGAAGGUACGCUGUUCGAUGCCUUAGCUCAUGCAAGGUUGAUCGAUUCCAGUGCUGGCUUCGAGGGGUGUGGCUUUGAAAGGUGUGGAAGGACGGAUAAAGGGGUCAGUGCAGCCGGGCAGGUGGUGUCACUGUGGGUGCGCAGCGCGCAGAAACAUGAACCCUCUCCUACAAAGGCCGCUACGGGUCCUCCAGAGGUAGCACAUGACGCAGAGUCGUCCAAUUUACUGGGGGAUUUUGGAACAUUUGACGACGAUAUCGUAGAGACGUCCAACACCAGCAUUGCUCCGGUCGCUGAUACACCAGAGUUACGCUACGUAUCUAUUCUCAACCGUGUCUUACCUCCAACGAUCCGCGUACUCGCCUGGUCCCCCGUACAAGACGAUUUCUCCGCUCGUUUCAACUGCAGAUACCGCCACUACAAGUACUUCUUCAGCCCCACCGGCCUCGACUUAUCCCUGAUGCGCGAGGGCGCGUCACGUCUCGUAGGAGAGCAUGAUUUCCGUAACCUGUGCAAGCUGGAUCCCGCGAAACAAAUAACGAGUUUCAAACGGCGGAUAAUUCGGGCAGACAUUUCACCAGUAUGCGAUGGGAUGUAUGUGUUUGACUUGGUUGGAACGGCAUUCCUGUACCAUCAAGUGCGACAUAUCAUGGCGAUACUGUUCCUGGUUGGAACUGGUAUUGAGCGCCCGUCUGUCGUGACGGCGCUGCUAAAUGUGGCCUCUGGUGCGGAGACGGAUCCCUCGCUAUUGGAAGUGGUCGACAGAAAGCCCGAGUAUCAGAUGGCAGACGGGUUGCCACUUAUGCUCUGGGACUGUGGGUAUUCCGAAAACGAUGUGCAAUGGCAAACCGAUUCGGAGGCGAAUUUGUACCACGAACUCGAUUCAAUUCUUGCGCGAUCCACGGUCCACAAUGUCUUAGACUCUCAUUUCCUUGAAGCUGCAGCGCAAUACCAUCCUCCCCCGCCGCAACCCUUCCCACUCUCGACCACAGGGGUGGAUAUUAGCAGUGGAUCGGAAGCGUUCAAUAUUCCUCUGGGUGGCGGGACGUCGAAACGAGUAGUGACGUAUGUGCCGUUGUUGGAACGGAAGAGGCUAGAAUCGGUGGAAGUGGUGAAUGAACGGUGGCGUAUUGGGAAGGGAAUGAGAAGAGAGGAGCGGCGGCGAGAAGUGGAGGAGGAAUCAUCUUUGACGUGA